CUGUUUGUAUCAAUCAAUAUUAAAUUGAUUUUGGGGCACUUGCGCAGUUCCGUGCGCUCGACGAUUUGAUUGGUGGAAAAAUCCACAGUUCAAAGUUGAACUUCCGUGUCGUUCUGUGAACAUGGCGGACAAAGAAAAGAAGAAGAAGGAGAGCAUCUUCGACCUGUCAAAAUACAUUGACAAACCAAUCCGUGUGAAGUUUCAAGGGGGUCGAGAAGCCAGCGGCGUCCUGAAGGGCUUCGACCCGCUGCUGAACCUGGUGCUGGACGGCACCAUCGAGUACAUGAGGGACCCAGAUGACCAGUUAAAGCUGACAGAGGACACGAGGCAGCUGGGGCUGGUGGUCUGCAGAGGGACGUCCGUAGUGCUGAUCUGUCCUCAGGAUGGCAUGGAGGCGAUACCAAACCCAUUUAUCCAGCAGCAGGACGGCUAACACACACCUCUCUCCUCUCUCAGUCUCACACACACACACGCACAUAUACUUGUACAUUUUGUGAAGCAGUUUUUUGUUUCACAAUCAUUAUUUUAUUGUUUUGUUUUGUUUCUUUUAAAUCAUGUCACAGUAAAAAUACUUUUGACAAAGCAGAUUUUUGUUGUGAGGAAUCAUAUGUUGGUUAGAAAAAUGACACUUGAUCGCACUUCACUUUUGUGUCUGUUGUGCAAAUUUGAUAAGACGUUUGAGUUGUAAAGAGCCACUAGUUUGGGCAGUGUUAACAGUACUGUUUCUUUUUAUCCAAAAUAAGUGAACUUUUUACUGUUCUUUGUUUUUGAUAAGAAAAUAAAAUUGAAAAUUCAUAUUUG